GGACCUUUUUGUUCCAAACUCGCCUCCGUAGGACACAGCAUGCAUCGCGUGAUAACAGUGCGACUGUGCUCCCCACUUAAGUCACAUUUUAUUCCCAGCUCCCUUUUGCAAUCCGAGUUUGUGGUGCACCCUCGGAGAAACAUGUCGAGUGCACGGCCGCUGACUUUACUGGGAACCAUGGGCUUCGGAGGCCGAGUGGACGAGGAGCAAAGUGUGCAGAUCGUGAAGACCUUCCUGGACCGAGGAUACACGCUGGUGGACACGGCCUUCAUGUAUAUGGAUGGGAAGUCGGAGACCAUCAUAGGGAACAUGAAGCUUCCUAAAACAGUCAGCAUCGCCACCAAGGCAAACCCUUGGGAGGGUAAGACAUUAAAACCAGAGAGUGUGCGUUCUCAGCUGGAGACGUCCCUUCAGAGGCUGCAGACCGACUCUGUGGACCUUUUCUACCUGCACGCCCCAGAUCACCAGAAUCCAAUUGUGGAUACUCUGCGAGCUUGCAAUGAACUCCACAAAGAGGGUAAAUUUAAGGAGCUUGGACUGUCCAACUACACUUCAUGGGAAGUAGCUGAAAUAGUGAGCCUGUGCAGACAGCAUGACUGGAUUGUGCCAAGCGUGUAUCAGGGAAUGUACAACGCUACCACCAGACAAGUUGAGACUGAACUGCUGCCGUGUCUGAGAUACUUUGGGAUGAGGUUCUAUGCGUACAAUCCUCUGGCAGGUGGCCUUCUAACUGGGAAGUAUUCCUACACAGAUAAAGACACAUCCCAGCCUUCAGGGCGCUUCUUUGGCAACAACUGGGCUGCAGUGUACAGGGACAGAUACUGGAAGCAGAGUCAUUUCCAAGCAAUAGAGGUGGUCCUAAAGGCCUUGACGACAGCAUAUGGGUCCAACCCCCCCACCCUGUUGUCUGCUGCCAUACGCUGGAUGUACCACCACUCCCAGCUCAAGAGUGAACUUGGCGACGGUGUCAUCAUCGGCAUGUCCAGCAUAGACCAACUGAGACAGAAUCUGGCUGCCUCUGAGGAAGGUCCUCUGGAUGAGAGGGUGGUGGAGUCCUUCCAUGAAGCCUGGAACCUGGUCGCUCACGAGUGUCCAAAUUACUUUCGCUAAGAACUACUUCACAGACUAAUCGGGCAUCUUUUCAAUGUGUCUACAUCCCCUGAUUUAAAAUUCAUUUUACAGAGAUGUUUUCUAAAACGGAUCAAGAAUAUUGAAGCGCUUCAUUUUUCAAGUGAAAUGAAAAUUAUAUUGAGGUGCUUUUGUUUCAA